AUGAAGCAAAAUCAUAGCACUGUGACUGAAUUUAUCCUUGUGGGAUUCAUGGACGACCCAGAGCUUAAAGUUCCCCUCUUCAUCUUAUUCCUGGGAAUCUACCUUACUGCAAUGGUGGGGAACACUGGGAUAAUCAUAUUAACCAGGACUGAUGCUCGACUUCAAACCCCCAUGUACUUUUUCCUCAGAAACCUCUCUAUUGCUGAUAUUGGCUAUUCUACUACAAUUGCCCCCAAGCUGUUGAGCACCUUCAUUGCAGAAAAUGCAAGCAUUUCCUUUACAGGAUGCACGGUGCAAUUUUUCUUCUUUGCUCUUUUUGUGACCACUGAAGGCUGCCUCUUGGCUGUGAUGGCCUAUGAUCGCUUCACAGCCAUCUGCCACCCCUUGCUCUAUUUUGUUGUUAUGUCUCAAAAGCUUUGCAUCACUUUAGUAAUGGUUGCAUAUGCCUGUGCCCUUGCAAGUUCAACUCUCCAGACUAUUUUCAUAUUCCGUUUGAAUUUCUGUAGUUCAAAUGUAAUUGAUCAUUUUUUCUGUGAUGUUCCUCCAAUACUCAAGUUGUCCUGUUCAGAUACCCAUGUCACUCACACUGUGCAUUUCAUCUUGUCCUCUACAAUAGCACUGACUACUUUUCUGAUUGUCUUGGUCUCCUAUGUCGCCAUUGUUUUUGCCAUCCUACGGAUCCACUCCACCCAGGGCAGGUACAAAGCCUUUUCUACUUGUGCCUCUCAUCUGACUGCCGUCACUAUCUUCUUCGGCACCCUUAUCUUCAUGUAUAUACGGCCUGGCUCUAGUGUCUCAACAAAUCAGGACAAAAUAGUUUCUGUGUUCUACACUCUUGUGAUCUCCUUUCUCAACCCAUUAAUCUAUAGCCUGAGAAAUAAAGAUGUGAAGGAUGCUUUUAGAAGAGUUCUGGGGCAUCUGCAGGCAAUAGUGUCCCUCACUCUUCAUCCCCCAAGUCUGCUAUGA